GAUCCGCAUCAAAGGGAAGUUUCACUUGAAGAGAAAAAGAGAGCUGAAUCGAUGAAUCCGCAGCAAAGGGAAGUUUCAACUCUUCAGGCAGCUGCUCAGGAGUUGACAAUUGCAACUGAAGCAUCUCAGCCUUGUGAUGAAGAGAAAAAGAGAGCUGAAAAAGCGAUGGAUCCACAACAAAGGGAAGUUUCACCGCCUGUCACCAUAAAGGAAGAUUUGGAAACAUUUUUGCGGCUGCAAUUUGAGCUUUUAAGACUCCACACUACAUUAAUGGAGGCCGUUCGGGGUGAAGAAAAAGUUGCAUAUAUGGCUGGCUUGCAAAAAAUGAGAGUGACUGUGAAUGAUUUCGUAAAAAGGGCUUCAGAAGAUUUUAAAGAAGAUGAGAAGAAACUUGAGACUGUGGCAAUAAUCAAGACUCGGAUAAGCACUGUCAGGACAGAAAUCAGGAAACUCAAGAAUCAACACGGUGAAUGAAAUUGAAGAGGCUAAGAUAAGCUCUUGUUACCGUCAGUUGCUCUAAGUCUUUGUUCGGUUCGAAAACUAUCUAUCUUUUUGGGAUUCUGUUUGUUUAAUUAUAAGACUUGCUCUAUUUUGAGAUUAUCUGUUUCCAACUA